CUCAGGGCGCAAGUCUUUUUCUCGGUCGGUCGUACCAGGCGAUAUAUUCGAUUCACUCGCGUUCAGAGGCUGGUCGCAAAUCGGAGCAGCUAAAACCCGGGCUUCUCAACUCGCGCGUUUCGUUGGUGAAAAAUAAUUUAUCGGUAGAAUCCCUCGGUUCCUCGCUCGUCGAUCAACCGAGUGACGUCGUCGAUCAAGUCUCACAGAGGUAUCCGUCGCAGCAGCCGGCUCCAUCCCAGCCGAAGAUCAGCAUUUCCGGAGCUAAACUCCGAAACGACUGCGCAACGCCGCCAUCUUAGUGCGAGCACAUUAUUGCGAAUUGAAUCUGCCAGCAGCUCACUAGUGAAAGAACGUGGCAGGUUCUGGGAAAAACGAGCCUUCUUCGAGGCGAUUGCAUUCGGAUCUGCUUGCGGCAGUGAACACCGCUCCACGGAUGAGCGCCACGUCGAGGAAACAUCGGCGCGCAAAGUGACUUCUCGCAGGAGAGUGGCUUUUUCUUUUCCGUUUCCUAAUUUGCGGGUGAUAGGAACCUGGGCACACUACCACGCGUCAGCGAUAACGUGUACCGGCACUAUGAGUAAGAUGCUAGACACAAACUAUCGCACCGUGUUCUCUGUACUUAGAAGUCCCGAGGAGGGUGAAGAGUUUAAACGGAUCAUCUGAAAGGAUUGCGCAACGAGGCGAAAAAUUGUUCAUCGUUUUUUCCGCGAGGACGAUCGUGCGUUCGCAUAUAAGUGUAAGAUUUGUGUCGGCGCUUUUUUCCGCAUAGAGGAGUAUCUCUCUACGCGAGUCGCUUAUCUUUAAAGACGUCGCCGUUGACGUAAUCGUUAGCGUAUUUUUAGAUUCGUGGAAGAGCACUCUCUGCCGUAACUCUGGUGUAACUUCUUCCUCGUAUCGAUCGAUUAGAUCGGGAGAAAAACUCGCGAUUCGUUCGUUCGGAUCGAUCGUACUCGGUAAUUUUGUCUCUACGAUAAGAACGAACUCUUGGGCUUUUCAAGGGGAGAAAGCCGGACAAAACAGUGCGCGUGUGAAAGAACUUACUGACCCUUCUGCCGAUCGAGAUACCCCGACGGCAACCCCGGAUACUUCUAUAACCCGUAAUGUAUUUGCGAUCGCGCCAAGGAGCAGCACAAGGGAGGCACGAGUACACAAGAGAGGCGACAGGAGCUAGCUUAGCGGCCGCUUGCGGUCGCACGGAUCCCGGAUCAUCGUUGUCCUCGGGCUCCAAAGGUGGGACGAAGAGGAGAGGGACGGUGUGCCGUUAUCGCGAUCUAGCAUUAGCACCGCAGCAGCCGCGGCUGCUACGUGGCGGCACCGCAGGCGGGGGGGCGGAUUCGGACCUGGUGUGCCUGAAACGCGGUAUGAGCGAAGGUGAACGGGCGGCGAUCACGCCACGCAUCGGCUGGCGGAAGCUCACCGAUCCCGGAGACUGACACGAAUCAAGGAAGCCGAGGGCAGGUCCGAAGCGAUAGCACCAGCUACCGUCACUCGCUCAUCAGCAACCUCCUUCACCUGUCGCUCCUCCGACGAUCGUAAUCGCCCUCGAGAUCCGUAGGGUAACGCCUACGUCAUCGUCGUCGCGUCGCUUGUGUCAGCUCGAUGCCGGCCAGAUGCCGGAGAACGCGCCACCGAGACCAGUCGCGAGAACCUUGAAGAGGGACCCCGAAAUGGCGGGUAAUCGGUGUCGGUAGCAGACGGGGUUAACGUCCCCAAGAGCACAAAUCGUUUGAGCGAUUCCCAUCGCAUCUCGACACACCGAUCAUCUUCGGCAAUCCUAUUCUCCUUCUUCUUCUUUCCCUUCGUGUCACUACGUCCCGGCUGAACUCUCGGUCACGUAGACGAAACUCUGUGGCGUAUCCAGCGAUUCGAAGCAACCUCGACGAGUUGGUCACAUAGACAAUAAUAAUUCUUUAGGCAUUAAGGCUACAGCUUAAAAUAAUAUGUAGUGAAGAAAUAAUAUAUAGUGAAGAUAACAGGUAGCGUGGGAGGAAGGUCGAGGAAAAAGUCCGUAAACUCCUUGCACUAUUGAUAAUUCUCACCAAUCAAGGACGAGGAAAGAAAGAGAGAAAGAGACGUGCACGAGCAACGUAAAGGAGUUUUCAUCUCUGCCAGUGUUUGAUUUUCUCCCUAUCAUAUUACGAUCGAUUCGCAAUUUUUUUCAUCAAUCGCGAGUAUGCCGCCCACGCCGAGCAAGCUAAACCUGAGCUUCGCCAGAAAUGCUUACAGCGUCUUUGGUAGUCGCAACGCGACUAUUGCGAACGAGCGUGAGCAGCGUGAGCAAAAAACAGAAUUGUUGGAGGGUACCAGGGCCAACGGUCUUCUACAUUUAAAAAAUGGCGUGGAUUACGUCAAUCCCGGCGAGGAAGACCAGAUGGAAAUUUAUGGCUACAGACGGAGCCAUGUAUGGACCAUUAUUAUCUGGUUCCUGAUCAUCAUCACCGGAGGCCUUUUGAGACUCGUUUUUCAUUGGGUGCCACAUCUGAUGCUUCAGAUCACUCAUUUCAAAUGUCCCCUGGAGGAGGCGGAAACUGUUUUGUUGAUUGAAAGAUUUCAAGGGAAACACACGAGUUAUUAUGUGAAAAAAUUGCGAGUCUUGACCGCUCGGGAAGUUAUAAAUAAAUCAUUUAAUGAAGAAUCUCUGAUUGAUGAAGUGUGGGAUGGCAGUACAAUUACGAUCAAGGAAGAAAAGGAAACCUAUCCGAUGUUGUCCGUACAUCUUUGUGGCGGUCAGUUUAAACAGGUGCCAUCCAUCACCACUUUCAACUGUAAAAAGUUGACUUAUGUCUGGGACCCAGAAAGAUCCGAAUUUUUGAAACUGCGCGGCCUCGACACCAACGUUUUGGUGUCCACAUUACAUCAAGCGCAAGGUCUUGAUCCUCAGGAACAGUACAUGAGGCGUAAUGUCUACGGCAAUAACGAGAUUGUGAUUCCCGUGAAGAGCAUAUUCACGCUACUCUGCCUCGAAGUGCUUAAUCCGUUUUACGCCUUCCAACUGUUCAGCUUUUGUCUGUGGAUCGCGGACGACUAUUAUUACUAUGCCAUGGUCAUUCUCGUGAUGUCAAGCGCCGGCAUCAUAAUGGCAGUUUUCCAGACACGACGGAAUCAGCAAAGUUUACGUUCGACGGUGCAUUCGUCCGACGUCGCUACCGUCAUGCGUGACCGCACGACGGGCCAAACGGCGACGGUGCCUGCCGAACGUUUAGUACCCGGUGACCUCCUGGUCAUCCCCUCUCACGGAUGCCUGAUGCCAUGCGAUGCCGUCUUGCUAACAGGCAACUGUAUUCUCAACGAGUCUAUGUUGACAGGAGAAUCCGUGCCCGUCACGAAGACACCAGUUCCUUCCUCCAACGAUGUGAUAUACGAUACCAAAGAACACGCCAGGCAUACACUCUUCUGCGGAACCAGAAUUAUUCAAACAAGAUAUUAUGGCAGCGAAAAAGUAUUGGCGGUGGUUAUCAGAACAGGUUUCAACACCAGCAAGGGCGGCCUGGUGCGGUCCAUUAUGUAUCCUCCGCCCGUAGAUUUCAAGUUCGAGCAGGACUCGUACAAGUUUGUGAUAUUGUUGGCGUGCAUAGCUAGUUUCGGCGUUAUUUAUACUAUUGUAACGAAAGCUAUGAGAGGUGUUCAUAGCAGCCACAUCGCUCUGGAAGCGUUGGAUCUCAUCACCAUCGUGGUGCCGCCGGCGUUGCCAGCUGCCAUGACAGUCGGGCGUCUCGUGGCGCAACGUAGGUUGGAAAGUAAAAAGAUAUACUGCACGAGUCCGAGAACGAUCAACGUAUCCGGUUCCAUCGAUUGCAUUUGCUUCGACAAAACUGGAACGUUGACCGAGGACGGUCUGGAUAUGUGGGGCUUGGUGAUCGUUUCGGACAGAAAGUUCCAGUUGCCGGUUAAGGACAUUGCUAGUCUGCCGUUGUCCGAGGUUCUUAUCGGGAUGGUUACGUGUCACGGAAUCACCAUAAUCGAUAACCAGCUGGUAGGAGACCCGCUCGAUCUGAAAAUGUUUGAAUCCACCGGAUGGACGCUGGAGGAGCCCGAUGUAUCCGACACAUCCAAAUUCUCCAUGCUUUUCCCGACGAUUGUCAAGCCGGGGAAGGACUCCAAGCUUCUCAAAAGAUUGCCCAGCGAUCUGGCCGGUAGACUCAGUCGACAAAACUCUAUGUCUUCCGAUGUAAUUGACGCUAUAUCCCUUAAUAACGACGCUGGAUUCGGUGAUUCCACGACUGAACUUGCCGAGCAAGGAUUGGAGGUGGGCAUCGUUCGGCAGUUUCCCUUCACAUCGAGUCUUCAGAGAAUGAGUGUAAUUACGAGGACACUGGGCGCUAAUCAUUACGAUCUUUAUUGCAAGGGCAGUCCGGAGAUGAUCCAUAGUCUCUCGAGACCAGAAUCUAUACCUCCGGAUUUUGCGGCUGUUUUGCAGGAGUACACAUCCGAAGGUUAUCGAGUGAUUGCCAUCGCGCACAAGUCUCUGAACCGUCUUCCGUAUGCCAAGGUGCAACGUAUAAGUCGCGAGGCCGCCGAAGUCGAUUUAACUUUCCUGGCGCUUAUAAUUAUGGAGAACCGACUAAAACCGGAAACCUCGCCGGUGAUCGCCGAGCUGAAUACUGCCUGUAUCAAAACGGUAAUGGUAACGGGCGACAAUAUAUUGACCGCCCUUUCAGUAGCCAGGGAUUGCGAUAUGGUGAAGCCGAAUACGCCGGUUAUCGCUGUCUCGAUGAUCCAGCAGAAUCUGUUAAAGCCACAAAUUUACUUCACGAAGAGCGACAGUCAACCACCACCGGUUUCGCCGAACGGCCAGGCCGAUCUUAGCGAAAUGACUGAUUUAAACAGCGUGGUUAGCUUGGAAACCGUCGAGAGUGGCUCUUUUGGCAACACUAAGCUGGAGAAUGAUAUAAACUAUCUCUCGGACGAAGUACAAUAUUCUAAGAACAAGUACGUGUUUGCGUUGACGGGGAAAACUUGGGCUUUGAUAAGGCAGUACUAUCCGGAAUUGAUACCCAAGGUGGUCACACGUGGUGCCAUAUUCGCGAGAAUGUCGCCUGAUCAGAAACAACAACUGGUUCAGGAAUUACAAUCCUUAGGCUACUACGUUGCCAUGGUCGGAGACGGAGCUAAUGAUUGCGGCGCGUUAAAAGCGGCGCAUACUGGACUCUCCUUGUCGGAUACGGAAUCUUCCGUCGCCUCGCCCUUUACCAGCCGUGAGACCAACAUUUCCUGCGUUCUGACGGUGAUACGCGAGGGUCGUGCCGCGCUGGUAACAUCCUUUGGCAUCUUCAAAUACAUGGCAGGCUAUUCGCUCACACAAUUCAUCUCGGUGAUGCUCCUCUACAGCAUCGAGUCCAAUCUAACAGAUUUCGAGUUCUUGUAUAUCGAUCUCUUUAUCAUCUCAUUAUUCGCUUUCUUCUUUGGCCGCACCAAGGCUUACGAGGGCCCGUUGGUGAAAAUGGCGCCGCUUAACAGCCUUAUCAGCACGUCACCGAUACUCAGUCUCAUCACCCAGCUUUUGAUCGUCGCGAUCUUCCAGUACACGAGCUUCUGGCAUCUACAGCAGAUGCCAUGGUUUAUGCCAUUCAACGUGACCGCAAGCGAGGACAAGGAUGACGUAGGUUGUUUAGAGAAUUAUACGAUCUUCAUCGUCAGUUCCAUGCAGUACAUCAUUCUGGCCGUGGCGUUCUCCAAAGGACCGCCGUACAGAAAGUCACUCUUCACCAACUAUGGUCUACUCACUUCCUUCGUUUUCCUAAGUCUUUUCUCCAUCUACCUUGCGGUGUGUCCCUUCACGUGGCUGGUCAAUAUAUUUGAGCUCGUGCUGCCUGACGAUGUGGGAUUCCGCUUCAUUCUGGUCGGUUACGGCGCGGCGAAUUUUGUGAUCGCGAUACUAGUCGAGUAUCUCUUCGUGGAGUACCUUGUGUUCGGCAAGCUGCGCUACCGUUGGCACGACGUAGAUAAAUCGCGGCGAAAGUUCCUGGCGAUCGAGCGCGAUAUGGCGCGCGAUCUCAAGUGGCCGCCGAUCUCCCAGGAACCGCUACCGGAAACCGCGCCGAAUGUACUGAUCCGGCAGAACGUCACCGAGAUCAAGAUCGAAAAACGGAUCACCGAGCCGUGCCUUCCCGCCGAUACCAGCUUUAUGAACAGCUCAUCGCCGGUCUGCGCCAGCUUCAAGCAUUUCGGCUCCGCCCGCGAGGUCACCCUCAAUCCGCGAUCCCUCUUCGACGACUGCCGGAACACGGUGUCGAUGCAAACGGUACCGUGCUUCGAGGACAAGGACUCGUCGCCAAGGCAAUUGAACGCGGAGCCAACCGUGAAACGAAGGCACAACUCGGAAUCAGAGAACGGCAUCAAUCGUUACGAGAAGCCCUACAUGAAUCACAACACCAACCCCAUCGCCACGCUUCCCAGAAACCCCAACACGACCCUUCAGCCACAGAAGCUGAGAGACUUCAAGGACGUCCUGGUGCAUCAGAGCGACGAUCGAGCGUCGACCAACACUCAAAGCGUGCUCGAGUUGGAUAUCCUGCCGUCCUGAGGGCCGAGGCAUUCGAAAGAUCGUUCAAGAGGUAGCUGAGUACCGAUAAAACGGCAAAUUAACGCAGAGUAUUAUUUUGAGACAUAUAUAUUCUCGCGGUACAUAACGCAAUCUCCAUUGCCGAUUGGCGUGCUUAGAACGUCGCAGCUUGAUAAUUAUGAUUCAGAAGAAUCAUAAUUUGAGAAGUCUGAUCCAGCAGCAAUUUUCUGAGCUUUGGAUACCGGAUAGUAUUGCAAUCUACAUCCUUGUUAAGCUCUCUCUUUCUCUAUCCGAUGCUCGUGAUAUCCAGAAGUUCUAUUCGUGAGGAAGGAACGACGUUCGGCUCGAUCUCCGUCGUUGAUCAGGCGAAUUGAUGCAUUUAGUCUAUCGCAUAUUCACAAUUUAGGAUAACUAAUGACGUUUACUUAAACUACAUGAGUGAUACGAAUAAGCCGAACGUUAGAAUAGCAUUAAAACUGUUUGCUCAUUACUGACGAUCUCUAGAUAAUUAAUUUGGAUUCAUCUCUUUAUUUUCUUUCCUUGCUGUCUUUUUUUUAGAAGUAAUAUAUUUAAUGUGUAAUUUAUAUAUUUAUAUAUACGUAAGCAUUUUAUAACUUCCUGAAUAUUCUAGCUUCGGCUUAUUUAUAUUUAUCGAUUCGAAUCAGGGUCCCUUUUGACCCAACUCUUCAUUGUCCUCCCCCUCAUUAGUAUUCGAGAGAGAGCGAUGCAAACUCUCGAGAAAGUAUUAUUAUUAUUUAUCUUACAAUUAAAAGAAAAUUUUGUAGAGAAAUUAUAUAUUGGUUCCGUACAAGGGAGAUUCUUUCUAACGGAGCAUAGCUAUUUAUAUUUCAAGGACACACUUAGACGAUUAUAACAAUAUAUGUUUUUUCGUAGGAUUUUAAAGCAGAGCGAGAAUUUCGAAUGCAACUCUAAGAGUGAUAAUGUCUUUUUUUCACGCGCAAGUCGAACAAAUACUUAAGCGAACUCGCGACUUAAUCCUUUAUAUUGUGUUUAGAUAGGACAAAAAUUAGCAUUAACUACCUGGAGCCUCUCCCCGAGCAUCUUCACACAUUUCUCGUUGCAUUUUUGUACCCCUAAAAUUUGUAUUCCCUUUUAUUUAUAUUUAUAGAGCAGCGUCAUUAAUAAUGAUUUAUUUAGCGCGUGUUCUUUUGCAUUUUACAGAACGAUGAGAUUUGGCAGGCAAUUACAAAUGAUCGCAAAUUAUGAUAGGAAUUGAUUUAUUGCUGCUCUAUUUAUCAAACAUUCAUUUGAAAUAUCAUUCCACGAUGAGAAAUUUUAUUGUUGAACUAGAAGCGAUAUGUAAAUGAUGCGAAGAGAUCAGAGGCUGCCGGAGAGUGCGUAUUACGUAUUAGAUUUAAUGAUAGAAUUAUCUCUUGAAUAUUUCGCGAUGUUAAAAUAGGCCAAAGCGAUAAUGAUAAGCUAGAUAGAUUAUCAUCGGAGCUCAUACGUAUUGUUAAAUAUGUCAAACUAUGUCAAAGUAAAUGUGUACUUAUGAAAAAUGCGUGUGCAACGGAAACAUAGAUACUUAAUCGCGUUGAUUUAUUCGCAACACUGGUAGUUUAUGUUGAGAAAGUAGCAGUUGUCAAAUGAAAUAUGUUUUUAAUGUAAA